GAAAAGACCGUUAUUAGUUGAAGCAUCAAAUAUCGGAUCCUCUUCUCUUCCAUCUUCCACAUAUUGUUCGAUUCUGUAGCUGAAAUGCAAUUCUGGACUUGAAUACUAAGCGAAGUUUUCCUUUUUCUUUCUUUUUCCCCUUUGUUAGGCACCUCGCACUAACUCUUCUUUUUCACUGUCAUAUUCUACGAAAGAAGAUUGAACUUUCCUUUAUCGUCUGCUUCUGCUGCUGUUGAUGCUAUGAUUGCGAAAUAGCUCGUCAAUUUAGUCGACCAAUAUUCCCCAUUAAAGACGACCCAUUGCGAAGAUUCUUUCAAGCAGUUUCUGCUUCUCUUUCGUUUUGCUUUCUCGGUUUAUUUGAAAGAGAGUUCUGGUGAAACGAUUGGGUAGAAAGAAAAAAAAUUAUUUCUGGGUUUGGGUUUGUAAGUGCAGAAGAGAAGAUGGAGAGUUUCAAUUUGGAGAACUUUGAUGUUCAGGCGAAGCACACGUCGGAGGAGGCUUUAGAGAAAUGGAGGAAGCUUGUUGGGGUGGUGAAGAACCCAAAGCGGCGAUUCCGCUUCACUGCCAAUCUCUCCAAGAGAUACGAGGCUGCUGCCAUGCGUCGCAGCAAUCAGGAGAAGCUGAGGAUUGCCGUUCUGGUUUCCAAAGCUGCAUUUCAGUUUAUACAAGGUAAGGAUAUACGGAAUUAUGUAGAUAAUCCGAUUUUCUUAAGCUCUUGCUUAACAUUUUACUUACAAACGUUUGUCUCAGGUGUGUCGCCAAGUGACUAUACGGUACCAGAGGACGUCAAGGAUGCAGGAUACCAGAUUUGUGCUGAUGAAUUAGGAUCCAUAGUUGAAGGUCACGACGUGAAGAAGUUGAAAUUUCAUGGUGGGGUGGAGGGUAUUGGGAAAAAACUAUCCACAUCCACUGAAAAAGGUCUAACUAUCGAUGGUGAUAUUGUCCGCAGGCAAGAGAUUUUUGGAAUUAAUAAAUUUGCUGAAAGUGAACUUAGGAGUUUCUGGGUAUAUGUCUGGGAAGCCCUGCAAGACAUGACACUUAUGAUUCUGGGUGUUUGUGCUUUGGUGUCUUUGUUAGUUGGCAUAGCAAUGGAAGGAUGGCCUAAGGGAGCCCAUGAUGGUCUUGGCAUUGUUGCUAGCAUAUUGUUGGUUGUGUUUGUGACAGCAACAAGUGACUAUCGCCAGUCUUUGCAGUUCAGGGAUCUGGACAAGGAGAAAAAGAAGAUUACUGUCCAGGUUACAAGAAACGGAUUUAGGCAGAAAUUAUCCAUUUAUGAUUUGCUUCCGGGUGAUAUUGUGCAUCUUGCAAUUGGGGACCAAGUCCCUGCUGAUGGACUUUUCGUUUCGGGAUUUUCUGUGUUGAUUGAUGAAUCCAGUUUGACUGGGGAGAGCGAACCAGUAAUGGUAAGUGCUGAAAACCCGUUCAUGCUUUCUGGAACUAAGAUACAAGAUGGAUCAUGCAAAAUGCUGGUUGCAACUGUUGGAAUGAGAACUCAGUGGGGUAAACUAAUGGCAACUCUUAGUGAAGGGGGAGAUGAUGAAACCCCAUUGCAGGUGAAGUUGAAUGGGGUGGCCACCAUUAUUGGAAAGAUAGGCCUUUUCUUUGCUGUUGUUACUUUUGCAGUCUUGGUGCAAAGUCUAUUUAGCAGAAAAUGGCAAGAAGGAAGCCACUUUAGUUGGUCUGGAGAUGAAGCGUUGGAGAUUUUGGAAUCCUUUGCUGUCGCAGUGACAAUUGUUGUUGUUGCAGUUCCAGAGGGGCUACCAUUGGCUGUGACAUUGAGCCUUGCCUUUGCCAUGAAGAAGAUGAUGAAUGAUAAGGCAUUGGUCCGCCAUCUCGCAGCUUGUGAGACAAUGGGGUCAGCCACGACUAUUUGCAGUGACAAAACUGGAACACUAACUACAAAUCACAUGACUGUUGUGAAAGCUUGCAUUUCUAUGAAUGUUCAGGAAGUGAGCAAGUCUUCUAGCUUGUCCUCUGAAAUCCCUGAUUCCGCUAUAAAGCUUUUUAUUCAGUCAAUAUUUAACAACACUGGGGGUGAAGUUGUUGUUAACAAAGAUGGCAAACAUGAGAUACUGGGAACACCCACCGAGACGGCUUUGUUAGAGUUUGCCUUAUCUCUUGGUGGAGAUUUCCAUGCAGAGCGAAAAGCAUCCAAACUUGUUAAAGUUGAGCCUUUCAACUCUACAAAGAAACGGAUGGGAGUAGUGCUGGAGCUUCCUGGGGGUGGUUUGCGUGCCCACACCAAGGGGGCUUCAGAAAUAGUUCUGGCUGGCUGUGAUAAGGCGAUCAAUUCAAAUGGUGAAGUUGUUCCCCUUGAUGAAACAUCCAUUAAUUAUCUGAAUGUUACAAUUAAUGAAUUUGCUAAUGAGACUCUUCGAACUCUUUGCCUGGCAUACAUGGAACUGGAAAACGGAUUCUUGCCAGAGAAUUCUCUGCCAACUUCUGGGUACACCUGUAUUGGGAUUGUGGGUAUUAAAGAUCCUGUCCGUCCUGGGGUCAAGGAGUCUGUUGCUGUAUGUCAUUCAGCUGGUAUCACUGUCCGGAUGGUUACAGGAGACAAUAUAAAUACUGCAAAGGCCAUAGCCAGGGAAUGUGGGAUUCUCACAAAUGAUGGCAUAGCCAUUGAAGGACCAGAUUUUCGAGAGAAAAGUCAGGAGGAGUUGCUUGACCUGAUUCCAAAAAUUCAGGUAAUGGCCCGAUCUUCACCUCUUGACAAACAUAUGCUGGUAAAACAGCUGCGGACUACCUUUGAGGAAGUUGUGGCAGUGACUGGUGAUGGAACAAAUGAUGCCCCGGCACUGCAUGAAGCAGAUAUUGGUCUAGCUAUGGGAAUUGCAGGAACUGAGGUGGCUAAAGAAAGUGCAGAUGUUGUAAUUUUGGAUGAUAACUUCUCCACAAUUGUCACAGUGGCCAAAUGGGGACGUUCAGUUUACAUAAAUAUUCAAAAGUUUGUACAGUUCCAGCUGACUGUUAAUGUGGUUGCUUUAAUUGUUAACUUCUCUUCUGCUUGUUUGACAGGCAAUGCUCCCCUUACCGCUGUUCAGCUAUUAUGGGUCAAUAUGAUUAUGGAUACACUGGGAGCACUUGCACUUGCAACUGAGCCUCCAAAUGAUGAAUUAAUGAAGCGUACACCAGUUGGCAGGAAAGGAAACUUUAUCAGUAAUGUCAUGUGGAGAAAUAUCUUGGGUCAAUCUUUAUAUCAAUUUAUUGUAAUAUGGCAACUCCAAGCAAAAGGAAAAGCGCUAUUCAAUCUGGAUGGACCAGAUGCUGAUCUGAACCUAAAUACUCUCAUAUUCAACUCAUUUGUCUUUUGUCAGAUUUUCAAUGAGAUAAGCUCGCGCGAGAUGGAGGAAAUUGAUGUUUUCAAAGGCAUACUAGAUAACUAUGUCUUUGUCACCGUCCUCUCUUGCACAUUUUUCUUCCAGAUCAUAAUCGUGGAGUUCCUGGGUACAUUUGCAAAUACAAUGCCUCUCACAUUUUCACAGUGGUUCCUUAGCAUGUUCAUCGGAUUUUUAGGCAUGCCAAUUGCCGCUGGACUGAAGAUGAUACCCGUGUAAACACAUUUCGGAGAGGUGCUAUUUUUGGUCUUGCAUUGCAUUCAUUGUGUUUUAUGCUUGCGAACAAGUAUAGGAGCUCCCUUCUCUUGCAAUGGUUUAUACUUGACAGACAUGAAGAUUAUUGGCCAUGAAAGUUUAAUCUGGUCUGUUGUCUUCAUAACCAAGAAAAUCGAAAUUCGGAGUCCCAAUUCCCAUAUCUAGGAUUCUGAUAUUUCUUUUGUUUUUUUGAAUCUUUCUGAUCUGGAGAUAGAUAAAUGUUUUCUAAGCAUCUUGUAUGUUAGAGAAAUGUAAUUGCAAAUGUUCAAUUAUUAAAGUUUCCGGAUCUGGACUUCCCCCUUCUUUAUUUUGAUAUUUAUUGUUGUAAUUCUUGAAAAA